GAGGAUCGAUUGCAUUUGUUUACAAACGCUCCAAAACAAGAUGGAAUGUUUACAAUUCUUCGAUGCCGGGUUGUUUCACAAAGACAUUAAUUACGUUUAAACUUAUAACCUGUUUCGCUUUCAUAUUAUUUACUAACAGUCUAUAAUCAUCAGGAGACCAUCUGCUGGCUUCGUUCAUAAGAGAAAUUAGCGGAUACUACAACGCAGCAGAUGUCUAACAGGUAACAACACGCAGGACAAUGGUUCAUUUGGAUUGGAAGAGGCUGCUCUCCCUGUCGCCUGAGGACCUGACUGAUGAGGAAAAGGAUGACUUGUAUGGGAGCCUCAUAUGGUACAAUCCAGAACCCAACAUAGAUGCAGAUCAUCUGAAGGUCCUGUUUCGUGUCACUCAGGAUAUACUCAAAUACAAGGGAGAGCAGGUCGAGUCACUGGUCGUGGAGCUUGACGACCUCGCUGUAAGACAAGGAGAAGAGGAGGCUAGGAGGCAUCAGAACCUAAUUGAAGAGGUCGAAGAUUUACGUGCCCAACUGAUUCUUGCAAAGCGGGAUACAAGCCAUGCAUCAGGAGAAGAUGCUGAAGACCUGAAACAAGAGUUGGUGAAGUGUGAACUGCACAAUGAAGAACUGCUGGCCGAACUGAAGGCCCGUGAGAAGGAUAUUCUGAUGGAGAAACGGGAGGCUGAGAAGAUUGCUGGACAAGUGGCCCAACUGGAAAGGGAAAAGGCAGAGCUGCAGAGAGAGUUGGUGGCAUUACAAAAUGAAAGCAGUGAACAUCACAGCACAACACAGCGAGCAGAGUCACCAGAAUUUGUCGCAAAGAAACAGCAAGAAAUGGCCAACAUCAUUCGGCAGAAGAACAGACAUAUCUCACAACUUCUAAAUGAUGUUGAGACAGUUGAGAAAGAGAACCUGAUGCUACGUGAGAAGUUGUCAGACCUGCGAGAUGAACUGACUGAAGCCACGAAACACAUCACCGAGAUGACAGGCGAACUCACAGGCGUGAAACACACAUGUCAGGAACAAGAAGAGAAGAUGCAUAUGGUAGAGGAACAAAAUGUAGCACUACGAUCCCAGGUGCAGGAGCUUGUGGAACAGAAGUUGCGACGUGACAGUCAGUUGGAUGACUUCAGUGAAGCUCUGGAUUCUCGUGUUGAGGAGUGGAAGAGGGUGCUGGAAGAGAAGAACGCUGAAGUUGAGGAACUGCAAGCAAGACUAUCCCACCUUGCAGCUCAAGCGCCUAACAUUCAGAUCGACACUGAGCGGAGUCGUGUGGCACUUCUUACUCAGACCUUGCAGAAACGAGAGGACCAGAUUGAGGACUUGCAAAAGCAGCUGGCCCAAGCAACAACUGAGAUGAAUGAAAGUGCUGCUCUUUUAGAAGAAUUCAAGUCACAGACGAUUAAGCACGAUUUGCCCACUGGAAUCGAUCUCAAUGGUGUUGCAAAGUUGAAGACACAGUUACAGCAAGCUGAAGAGAAGGUCCAUCAGUUGGAAAGCAAACUCAAGGAUGCUGAAGAAGAUGCCCACAUUAAAGUACAAGAGGCAACGGAAAUGAUCAUCCAACUGAGGGAGUAUGAGUCUGGAGAGUAUGGUUUGGCUGAGGCCGUGAGCGAAAUCAAGGAACUGAGACAACAGCGUCGCAUUCGAGACAGACAGAUAGAGGAGCUGGUGCAGGCAUCAAACAAACUGCAAGCUGAGGUCAGCCAAUUGGAAGAACAGAAUAUGGCUCUCAGGGAGCAGCUUGGCUUGCCUGCAGAGGUGCCUGUAUGUGUGGAUGGAAUCACUGCACAGAGGAAAAAGGAGCGGCUACUGAUGAAAGUGCUGCAGCAACAGGCGGAGCGGUUUGAAGAAGAGAAACUGCAGCUUAAACUUGAGAACCGCAAACUGAACCAGCGACUCAGCAGGAUCAGCCAGCAAAUGCAGUCCAUAGGGCUGCAGCCUGACACAGGCAUGGCAAGCGAAGCCAUCCUGAUGUCACCUGUCGAGAAGUUCAGCCAGGGUACAGAGAUGGUGGCCCUUGUGCCCUCAACAGCGGACAGUCAGAGCCUGAGGAUCGAGGAGGCAGAUGGGAUGCAGCUGGAGACAGAGAAACUGAGGCUCCACCAGCUAGAGAACAAGCUCCAAGAGGUGACAACCGAGAACGAGGCCUUGAGGAAAGGCAUGCAUGAGAUCCUGGACAGCAUUCACAACCAAGAUGGUUCAAGCAGUGUGCAGGUGGAGUCCAACACUCUGGAGAGACUGCUUGAAGCACUGGACUCGAGACAUCUGAGCGGGUGGUACCAUCCAGCCAUGAGACUACAGGCGCAGCUGCAGUCUGUGGAGGGGAGCAACACUGUGUUGCGAGAACAGCUACGGACCACACGACUGGAAGGAACCAAGACUUCACAACAGCUGCAGAAAGCACUUCUGAGAGUGGAGCAGCUGGAGACCAGUUUGGCAACAGUGCAAGAAGGAAGGGUGGGUCAGAGGGCCCAGGUUUGUGAUGAGAUGCACCUCCCUCCAGACUUGCCUCUUUCCAGUGCAGAAAUUAUUUCAAAACUCAACAUGCAUCUCCUGCAUGUUUUGGAUGAGUAUAUGAAACAAGAGGAAAGGAACAUAACUUUGGGAAAGAAACUUGAAGAAUUUUACAAAAACUACAACAUAUUACGCCAUCAAGUGGGACUGCUGUACAAGCAGUAUGAUUCUGAGAAAAGUGCCUGGAAGAAGUCACAGGCAGACAUUGAAGCAGAAAGGGAGAAGUUGAAAGAACAUGUUGAGAGCAUGAAGGUUAAACUGAAAGAAUAUGAUGGACACUGGGAGGUGCUGAGUAAGGGUGAAGAUGAACAGAAACAGCUGAUAGCUGAGAAUGCGAAGCGAAUGGCCCUCACCAUGGCCAACAUGACAGUACUGAGCAGGAAGUGCAAGGCACUGCAGAAUCUGGAGAGCUGCACACGCAAAGAGAACAGCAAGCUGAAAGAUGAGAUGGCAUCCAUGGAAUGUGCAAUGACACAGAGAAUUGGGGAGCUUCAGAGGCACAAGGAAAUGUCGACAUACAGAAUCUCAGCCCUGCAGGGCAUGUUAGAGGACUCUGUUCCACUCACAGUGCUGGAAGCCGCAAACAAACAUUUCGAUGAGCUGACGUCCAAGUACAGAGAUCUGCUUCAGAAGGAGCAAAGCCUGGUGUGUGAGAGCCAGCUGACAGUGCGUCUGCAGGGAGAGGUGAAGACUCUGCAGAAGGACAAAGAAGAAUUGCAGAUUGCAUUACAGGCAGCCAGAGAGAAAGUUCACUCAUUGGAAGUUCUGAUGACAUCUCUGAACCAGGACAUGGUCACGCAGGACACACAUGACAACCAGCUCUCGCUACUGUCAAAAAAGCUGGCAACCAUGGAGCUGAAAGAAUUGAGUGAGAGACAGAGGGCAGAUCAUGCUGACAAAAUGUAUAACAUAUUGAAAGGUCAACUGGCACAGCUGGAGGGGCGUAAUGCAGAGGUAGAAUCACAGAACAGCGCCGUGAUCCAGCAGAAUCUGGAGUUACAGCAAGUAGAACGGGAACUCAGAGACAACCUGCUUACGUUUGUGAGUCGUAGUGAGUUUCAGGAUGUGCAGGAGAAACUGCGAAAGUCGGAACAGGAUAGGAUGGAGCUUAAAUUGGAAAAAGAUAGGCAACAAGAGGUAAGCGACAUAGCUCAAGAGCAAGUGCGGAACUUAGAGCUCUGGAAGUUGUCACAGGAGUACCAACUGGACUACAUGAGACGUCAGAUUCUAGAACUGCAGUCCACUAGCGAUGAGAGGUCAAUUAUUGCAAAACUGAACCACGAGUUGCUGUCUUCUCGGCUCAGUGAGACCUCAGCCCACAAGAAGGUGCAGCAGUUGCGGAAUGAGAUCUCCAAGUUACGCUGCCACAACCUCCGCCAAGAAGCAAAGCUCGAUGAAAAGGAGCAAGCUCUUAGCCACUUGCAGGGACAGCUCACUUCCCGAUGCAGGUCACUUCAUCAAGCGAUUCAGGACCUGCGGCAUCACUACAGUGGUGCUGUUCCUCUUGCAACCCAUGAGCGCAUGGCCCUGUCCCUGCGCCGUCUGGGAGAGGAGAGACGUGAAGCCAUCGAGAGGCUCCACAGAGCUGAGAAGAUGGCCCAUGAAGCAGUUACUGCCAGAGAAGAGAUGGAAUUACAAGCAAAAUCUCUUGAGGAACUCAAGGCUGCCCUUACAUUGUCAGAUGGCCAGAAACAGCUGGUUGACUGGCAUAAGAAGAACACUGAAUUGAGGAUCAAAGAGCUAAAAUCAAGGCAUCAGGUGGAGCUGUUGGAGUCACAGAUGCAGCAGGCAGAGGAGAGGUUACGUCGACAGGAGGAGCACAUUGCCAUGUUGGAACAGGAGCAGAUCACCACAGAGAGGAACUAUGAACAAGCGCAGCUCACAUGGGAACAGACACAGAGUGAUCUGUACAAGCAACUUGCAGACUGCGAGGACCAGCAGAAGGUGGUAGCAGCUGAGAUGCAGAAGCAAGCAUUGGUAUCAAAAUCUUCCGAGUCUCAUACAGAAGAGAACAGUUCCAUGCUGGAACAACUCCGACAGGCUAUGAGUCUUGUCAGUACCCAAUCACAGAGUUUGAUCAAAUACGAGGCUGAGCUCGCUCAACUGAGAGGGAAGGUUGCAGCACUGACAGCAGACAUCGAAGAAAAGGACAGGCUCCUUCUGUCUAAGGACAAAGUGAUGGCAGAAAUAAGGGCCAAGUGGAAUUCCAACCAGCAAAAGGCUGUGGAACAACCGCAGAGGGCUGUGGAGCAGCUGGGAGAAGAUGAUUUGACAGAGAAGCUGGCUCUCAAGGCAACAGUUGACAGUCUGCAAAUCAUUGUGAACCAGAAGGAGGAAACUAUUGGUCGCUUUCAGCAGCUACUAAAAGAAAGUCGUGAUGAACACAGCCAGGCUGCAGCCAGACUCCAGGAAGAACUGCGCAGCCUCCAGACUGCGCUUAACAACUCACAGCAGUCUUACAGCAGACUCAAAUCCAAACUGCACCGCCCAUCUCCAACCAAGGAGCCCAUUCAAUCCAUCGUCGAUCAGUAUGUCUGCCAGAUACAAGGGCUGGAGGAUGAGGUGGCAGAACUGCAUACCAGUGUGGGCAACCUAAGCAAUCAGCUGCACUCCUGUCGACAAGAGGCUGAUCGCUGGCGCCACCUGGCAGAAGAUCGGCUCAAGAACAUGGAGGAACUUCGUCAGAGGCUGGAAGAGCAGCACAGUAUGGAGUUGCGAACAUACCAGGAGGAAUCGCAGCAUUAUCGCCAGGAACUGGAAACUGUGAAGCAAGACAUGGUUGUGGUGCAGGAACAGCUGAAGCAGCAAGCAGAAGCAGCCCAGCGCAGGCCAUCAGCCAUCACACAGAAUUUAAUUGCCAUGCUGAGGGCCCAGUUACAGGAGAAGGAGGCCAAGGAACAGUUGCUGUCACAAACCGUUACCGAUCUGCAGAAGGAGAUUCAGCAGUUGGUCAACACUCCAUCCAGGGACACCGCAAAUGAAUUGCACAUUAUGGCCGAUGGCAAAGCACUGCAGGCUGAGAUCAGUAACCUCCAGAAACAGCUGAAGAUGUCCAAAAAUGAAGCGGACAAGUUACGAGAUACACUGAGCAACAGGCUGAAGAUGUCCUUAAAGAGAGAAGCGUCAAUAGAGAGGAAAGCCGUGGCUCAGGAGGAGAUCUUGCAGAAGAAAGUGACACAGCUACAAGACCAGUUGCAAGAGGCCAAACAGAAGCAUGACACAGAGAAAUCUGACAGUGAAGCACGCAGAGUCAAAUCUGCGGAGGAAGUAGCGAGGUGGGAUGAACGAAAGCGAUGGCAGCAGACAGUCGAGAAGCAGAAACAGAAACUGAAGGAGAAAUCUGCAGAAGUUGAGAAGUUGAACUCAACUCUGAGUAGCUUCAGGGAAACCAUCAGCAGGCUGGAGCGGGAGAAAAUCGUUCUGGACAACCGUCUGAGAGCGGGCAGAAGCGGGCAUGCACCUGCCUCGGAGGCACGAAUCAAGGCUUUGGAGCUGGAGAACAGUAAGCUACAAGUGGAGGUGGCAACACUGCAAAGCAAGUUGGAGAUGCAACAGCAUCACUCUGGGGGACUUGGGGCUGCCAUGUUGCAGGAGAGACUGGAAGCACAACAGCGACACAUUGCUGCACUUGAGCUGGCCAAGAAAGGAAGUAGCACUGUGACUGAAGAAGUAGAGAAGCUCCAAGAGACAAACGCCAUGCUACAGAAAGCCAAUCUUCGACUCGAGAGUGAGAACCUGGAACUGCGACUCGAUCUAGAGAAAUAUCGUUCUGAUACACCACGACUCAGAGAACAAGUUCAGCACUUGGAGACGUAUGUGUCGCUUCUCAAAACAGAAAAUGCUGAACAAAGGGGAGGCCACACUGUGACCAGCACUAGUGAUGAAGGGACUGAGUCCCAGCACAACUCCAAGAAAUCGGUGGCCGAGUUGGAGAGGACAGUUGUUGCAAUGAAGAGAGUUGUAGAGAAACUGCAGCAAGAGAAUAAGCGCCUUCUCUCAGGGAGGAAGGAUGCCCUCACUGAGCGCAAGGGCUCUGCAGACAAGCUGAGGGCACAAUUGCACAUGGUGGAGUCUGAGAAGAAGGCACUACAAGAACACUACCUGCAAGCAACAGAGAGAGUGUCUCAGCUUGAGACAGAGCUUGACAAAGCCAACAUCCAGAUCACGGUGCUGCAGACAGAACACAAAGACCGCAUACACUCUGAUACGAAUGAACUGCAGUUGGUGAAAGCUCAGUUGGUUCACAAGAACCAGCUACUCAGUAAGGUAAAAACGUUACUACAACGAGCAGCUGCAAAGGAGAAGAUGCUUCAAGAGAAGGUAACAGCCCUGCAGCAGCUCCUUCCUGCAACACCCCGUAGUGACAGGGACAUAUGAACCCUGGAUUUCUAUGCUGGCACACAGGAAUCUCAGUAUUUAUUUUUACAAAUUUCAAACAAACCUUUCUUUGUAAUUCUGUGAUGUAGUGCAAUGUGUUGUAUCAAAUGUAAUUUAUUAUUUUUGAUCUCAUGUUAUUAAAAUAUGCAAAUAAAUAUGUCACUUAGUGAUAACUUA